UUACGACAACGCUCACUAACAGGUCAGCUUUUAUAAAAGUAUUGCAUGAUACACUUUUUCUUUUUAAUUCCAGGAGAGCGAACUGCCGUCGUUUGCGCGAAGCACAAAUUAAAAUAGCGCGUUUAUUUUUAACUCUUGGGCUCCACUUGUCUCCUCAUGGCCGGGUCGAAAUGCGUGCGACUUAGCGGCGAAGUGGCCAAGCAACUGCUGGACUCUGUGGACAGCGUCCUGUUUGACUGCGACGGGGUGAUCUGGAGGGGGGACCAGGCCAUCCCCGGUGCCCCUCAAGUCAUCAAUUUGCUCAAGGAACACGGGAAGAAAGUCUUCUUCGUGACCAACAACAGCACCAAGACGAGGAAGAUGUACGUGGAUAAAAUGUCCUCACUGGGCUUCAACGCGACCGAGGACGAGGUGUUUGGGACCGCGUACUGCUCCGCCAUGUACCUGAAGACUGUGUGCAAGCUGCAGGGCCAUGUGUACCUGAUCGGCAGCAACGCCAUGAAGCAGGAGCUGGAGGCGGUCGGCAUCCAGCAGACCGGACUGGGACCGGACCACGUCUUCGGCAAGCAGACCGACUGGGCCACCGUGCCUCUGGAUCCUGAGGUCAAGGCGGUGCUGGUCGGGUUUGAUGAGCAUUUCAGCUACAUGAAGCUGAACAGAGCCAUGCAGUACCUCACCCGGACGAACUGUUUGUUUGUGGGCACCAACAGAGACACCAGGCUGCCUCUGGAGGGGGGCACGGCCGUCCCAGGUACGGGCUGUCUACUGCAGGCCGUCGAGACAGCAGCCCAGCGCCAGGCCGCAACGGUGGGCAAACCCAACCACUUCAUGUUCGAUUGCGUUGCCUCCCACUUUGACGUGGAGCCCGGCCGCUGCCUGAUGGUCGGUGACCGCCUCGACACUGACAUCAUGCUGGGUUCCAACUGCGGCCUUAAGACUCUCCUCACCCUCACCGGUGUCAGCACGGUGGCUGACGCCGAGGCUAAUCGGAAGAGCGGCUGCACGGAGAGGCAGGGGAUGGUGCCGGAUUAUUACGUGGAGAGCAUCGCGGACCUGCUCCCGGCCCUGCAGGGACGAGACUAAGGACUUGCUCAUAGGGUCACCUAGAUUCCAUCGUCUUCCAGUUGUCUCGGUUGUAUUAAUAAUUUAUUGUCUUUGUGAUGUCACAACCAAGCAUUAUCAAAAGGACACAAAGACUAGAUCUAAACUGAGCAGAUUUUAUACUGAAUUAUUCAUUUAAAUGUGCUGUUUGUACCGUUGAAAACAAGCUCGUGCCUCACUCUAAAAUUAAAUCGUAUUUAAAGAAAGCCAGAAGCUAAGUUUUAGACAAAAAGUUAUUGAAUUCUACUGGAAGUCACUGGAGCAAAGCUAGUACAGGAGAAAUAUGAUCUCUUCUCCAAGUCAGUCAGAACUCUGACAGCAGCUUUAUUAGAUCACUGUCUACGGAGACUUGUUGGUGCAGCCUGUUAAUUGAGAGUUAAAAUGAUCAAGAGGUGACCAAAAGCAUGGAGCAGUUUUUCAGCAUCAGACAGCUUUUUAAAUUACUCAAAAUGGACAGCAACUUCUCAUUAAAAGGUAGUAAAUGGAUGUGAUUUGUUCAAACAAAAAAAAAACUAGCCUACUGUGUAUCAAAUAUAUUAUCAUGAAGGAUCAUAAUUAGUUUUUGUAAAAGUUGCUUUACUAAAAUAUAUAUACAGUACAGCAUAUUUUAAUAUAAAAUCCUCAUAUAUUUAAAGACGUGUUGGUGAAAGCGUUCGGAGCAAUUGCGUCACACUAUGGUAUGCUAAACCUGUGCUUGCUUGUUUUCAAAAGUUACAAAGAAAUGUAUUUUUUUGAAGUACUGUAAUAUCAUAUAACAGUCUCAGUGUACCAGUGUCAAGAAUCCAGAAUAGUAUCACACAGUGUUAAUCUGAGGAAGAUAAAUGUGUACUUUAAUGACCUCUUUGUGAUGAAAUCCCCUUGCGCUGGCAACUAACUGUGCAACUGAAGGAAGUGAGUUUCAGUGUGAAAUGGAGUCAAUGUUUGCAACAGUUACAGCAAGAGGUGAACUGCACCUGCCAUGAGCAUUUUGGUAGCCUAAUGGCAUAGUUGCCCAAGUCAUAUUUGAACGGUUUCGGAAAGAACAACAAAUUCGACAAGAAGAGUCCAUUUUACUUGAUUCAACCAUUGCAGAUUACCAUGGCCUGAAUGACUGAGAAUCUGCACAGACAAAGAAAAUUUUUUUUUUUUUUACUGCGCACAUUGGUAUUUCCUAUUGCUAUUGUGACAAUAUUCUCAAUUAUGCUGUUAGGCUAACAAUUUAUAUAUAUAUAUAUAUUCCUAAUAAUAAUCCCGCAACCCUUGUGAGGAUAAGCGGCUCAGAAAAUGGAUGGAUGGAUUGAUAUUCCGAAUAACAGAUAUUUAUGCUGGGGUCGCACAACAUGCACUGCUGAUAAUGAUUAAAACAACCUCUUAACAUUG